UUUCUCAAAGCGCGUUACCGCGUUACCGCGUACCGCAGCGGCACAUAUAGAUACAAGGCUGGCCCUACUUUAGAUAUAUGUUCAUAGCAAGAUAAUCUCCGCAGCGAAAAAUGGGAUGGGAAACACCGCGAUUUUGUAGCGCGACUUGUGUCUCUACAUCUAAGGCACGCGUGACCGAACACCUUGGGUCCUCGCAUGGUUCAGGUGUGACGUACGCAAUCACAAGGAUGUAUCUGACCACACUGAUCCAUAGGAUGUGCAGGCGACUUCUGUGGCUUCGACGUGAGCUUGCGGCGAGUGACGGACUGCCCAGGUGUAGCCAGCGGAAAAUACUUAUCGGAAUUCAAAAGAAAAAUGCUAGCCAAUGAUGAUAAUAGAAUCAAAGACUCUUUGACGGAUGUAUCACCAACGGACGUGUCAUCUCAGGGAGUCAUUGAAUUACCAUUUCAGUCUAUUGCUCGUGCCAGAGAAGAGAGUAAGCUUGUUAGACUCGUACUUAGACGGUACUGCGCUGACCAACCAAUCAACACCGUGUUUAAAGGUACUUGGGACAAAACCAGCUCUACUCCAGGGGAAUUCCCCGGUCGGUGUUAUGGUACGGUUCGUGUAUGUCUUGCUUGUUUUUGUGUGUAUGAUCUCAUCGAACACGCAAGAUAUUUGUCUAGACGGGGGGGCAUUACAGCAAGCUCACGUGCACCAAAGGCAGUACACACCAAGAAAAAGGUAUUUGCAAAAAAAGACCUAGCCUGUCACAUCACACCUGCAUUGACGCUAGAGGCGUGCGCGGUGGCUAGAGCAGAAACAGCAAUCUCCUGUCUUACAAAUCUGGAUGUCGCAGAGCUUCGCAGCUAUAUUUCCCCGCCGCCGGCAGUCUCGCUGGUGACCAAAGCCAUGUUCAUUCUUUUGUCUGGUGGCAAGACCCUCAGUUGGAAACAGACUCGCCACGCCAUGGCCAGUGGCGACAUUUUUCUGCUAGACAACUGCGCCCAAAUUUCUCCUGUAAUUUGUUCAAAAACUGAGUGACUAUGCAGGCGCUCGCUGCUUGAAUUUAACUGCGACUCUAUUACUCCACGAGUUGAACGUGCGAUUGAACCCUAUAUCCACAAUACCCUGUUUCGUCCAAACACGAUAGCACAUGCCAGUACAUCGGCUUCCCGGGGUUGUUUGUGGGUUUUGGGAAUGCUGGAAGCACAUAAAUGGCGUGCUGGUAGGGGCCACGAUCGCCUCGAUUUCUUGGUCUUGGAUUCGUUUGAUGCUGGGAAUGGUGAGCGGCAGGAACGAAGGGAAAUGCCAUCACGCAGUAAAAAAGGUAUUGCUAUGAGGAUUUCUAGUAAAAGAAAUCAAGUUGAUGGACGUCACGUUGUCGCGGCCGUGAUGGGGACUGAAAGAGAUGGUUUCGCUCUUAUGCCAAUCUCGACCCCCUCUCGGCAGUCCCUGCCACCGGAAUCAUUGGUUUCAUCACUACUUUUUUUAAGAACCACUGACCUAUUCCCUAUCCAGCUGCAAAAUGUCUUUCCUAAGAGCAAUUCUCAUAAGAAUUUAAAGUGGGGAGAACACUGCGAGUUUUCUAGACAAGAGCGAUCUGCGCAAUUGAUGACUCAGAGACGACAAAUGGCGCGCUUGGCUUCCCGGCCCCACACUAGGCUAAUGGGCAAUCACGAGAAUUUGUCAUCUGGUCUUACGGAAAACUGUCGCGGAGUAUUUAUUUGUUCCGAUGGACUUACGACGCUACCUUAUGAAAUUCUUGGUGAGGCUUCUCUUGCUGCGUCAAGUCACAACUUUGUUGUCGUUCACGACAUUUUCGACACACUCGACAGUACUAAAAUAUUUUUUCAAAGAUUACUUCAUCGCCAUCCUGCCUGUCAGAUUUUAAUUUACAAUUAUUCAGGGCAGGCUGGAACUACCUUUUUGACCGGCAAUUCUGUCAGAACAGGACUACACGCGAGUCACUUAGCCGAACUACUCCAACAUGUGAAUUUGCGGGGCAAGAUGCUGUUAAGCAGCGGACCAUUUUACUUGGUGGGUAUUGGAUAUGGAUUUAGCAUCUGCACACAGUUUGUAAUUUCACAUUACUGUGAGCAGGACCCAAGGAGCUCAGUUUAUCAAAUGCUCAAGGGUCUGGUCAGUGUAAAUGGCACUGCGCAGAUUGACAGACAAUAUGCAGCCAUAUUACAUGCCUUACUCGACUCGUGUGACAGAUUUCCAAAAGAGCGUUUUGAUCUACCUGUCUCUUACCUUUCGCGAUUUCAAUUUAGUGACAGAUAUCUUGCUCGUGUUCAUCCACAACUUGCGCUGAAUAUCUAUACUGCUGUUGCCAACCCAAUUACAUUGCAGGGACGUGCUGCACUUGCACGAGGUGCACUGCAGAACUACCUUGAUAUUGACCUCUUGUCUCGUGUCUCUCUCCCAAUUUUUGCUCUUCAAUCUACAGAGAAUCUUCUUGUCACUCCGUCGAAUGUCGAGGUAAUAGUGCGUGGCCGAAUCACGAAUCAUGUAUGGUCUCAUGAAGUGCGUGUUGGUGCUUUGGGUGAGGGAGCUUAUUUUGGGGCUCGCACUCGAGCCACUAUACGAGGUAUGGUCGAAAGGAUUAAGGAUAAUAGUGCGGGAAGUGCCUGCGUUGUUUGGGUUCGUGCAGGUCAUGAAAUACGGCAGGAAGCACCAAAUGUAAUGCUAGACUUUUUUGAUAUCAUAGCUCCAUCUACCACGGCAAUAAGCGCUGGACUAACGAGAUCAGUAUUCGAGCCUACACCACAUAGCGAGAGAGAGCCAGCGGGGGUAGAUGCAAUUGCUGCGGAUAUUCGACUCGCCCCCCCCCCCCAAACAAAUCUCACCGGAGAAAGACAGAAAACGCAUUUUUCAAGUUCUAAUGUCCUGCGUUCCGAACCAUUGAUGACACUAAAAUGCGAACCACGACUCUACGAUUCCAAAAAAGCUGCCAAGGGGGCAGGCAGGGAAGAAGGGAAAACGGAUCAAGAUAUGUCCCAUCACGCAGAUCUGUUCGAGGAACCUCCACUCUCGUUUGGGCUCACAUUUGGCGUUUCGUUUCCAAAUGUGGCUACGCACGACUUCACGCGACGUAGGAGGUAUUCCUUUUUUAAAAUUGUCUCAACCAGUUUAGCCGAUGCCGUAGUGCAUAUUCAAGUCGAGGAUGUCGUCAUGAGGGCGAUAUAUGCAGGUUCCCUAGUUGUAAGUGCCCAUAUUACUGCGGGAGCGCCUAGUAGCAUGGAUGCAGCAACUUUUGCCGAUACCAUCACAGAUGCACUCAAUCGGGCCUUGACAUCUUCAAAUUGUGCAACGGCUUGGGGGAGACCUACGUUUCUUUCGAUCUCUCGUCGUCAAGAGAACAAAGGCGGAUUGAAGCACCAGCUACCACAGGACAGCACUAGCUCUGUCCAAAGCCAGCUUUCUACCGAGACUCAACGACAAGCUGGGCUACAUGUAGAUCAGACGGACAAUGCAAGCACAUCAAUAGAAGAUGACGAGGGGAGCAGAACCAGAACCAGGCAACUCAUAGAGAUGCAGCGCAAUGUCAAUGUUGAUAGAGCUGAAAUAAGACUAGUAACUGCCCAAGUCGUUCCUGUAUACAAGACCCAGCCAGGUGUGCAGCAACCAGUGUUGCAUCCACCACCUGUUGCUUAUAGAGAGAGCUUCAUGCCCUCAUCAAUUGCACAUCGACAUGAUCCAGAGACAUUAUUUUCAGAUGCAAACAUUCACCUUAGCCCUGAGCCUCGGGGACAAGAAACCUUGGCUUCAAAGGAGGACGAUAUCACGAGGGAGAUGGCAUCUGCGCAGCUUCUACGUGAAUGGGAUAUUGCACAGCCAAGGAGACGGAGGGGUGUCAGGGGGGUGUAGGAGCGUUUCACUUAAUGUUCCUUGGCUAAUCGCAUGCUAUAAUUGCAGGCCCCAGACAAUUACGAUAGCAGGAACGACAUCCAAAUUCGAAUUGCGAUUUCACUAGUACAUCAAAGUCCGACACAGGUUUUGGUCCUUAGGCGUGACGCAAUCCGCAUCGAGGAUGCAUUUUACGGUCAAAUCCGAGUCCACAUCGCAGCGCAUGUUCCUUCUGACGAAACCAUUUAUGGGCCGUAGACUAGCCAAACAUCGAAAUAUGGCCAAACUAAGUCCCUGUUCAUCAGCGCCACCACGCGUACCUAGGAAAAAAUCCAGCUCGUUUUUCAUCCGGCCUUGCGGAGUGACGCCUAUCCCAAGGGGCGUGCACGUGCUCCCCUGGACGAUUGCGCGAACUUCGGGCGCUCGAUGGAAUCUCUACCGUGAGAGUGGGUGCCAGUGCCGGCCCGGGCCGCCGCCCCUAGACCGUGAUGAUGAUAUAGUUGUAGCAUUUUUUGCACCAUUUCGAGAUUUUAGAGGUCGUCACGAGCUAGUCACGAGCUGUUUUCGCUACGCUCACAGGUCAUGACGUCCCCUAACUCGAAGCAGGCGUUAAAAAAAGCCCCAAUGACAAAACUUGGCGGUCGCAUGACCCUAAAUAUAAAAAAAGGGUGUUAAAAAAAUUAAGAUCAUGAUAUGAAACCAUUGCCUCCCC